AUGGCUUUGAAAUGUUGCACUUUCUUCUUAAUCAUGUUAACUGGUUCAAUAACAAAUGCUAGAGAAAUACCAACAGUGCCAAGACUUGAUGAAGCAAAUCAAGGAAAUAUAAUGGAGUGUUGGAAUGCACUUGCGGAGAUAAAAUCAUGCACAAAUGAGAUAGUUGCUUACUUCACAAUUGGGACAAUUGAUAUUGACUUGCCUUGUUGCCAAGCAAUUUCUGUCAUCACACAUCAUUGUUGGCCUAGUAUGCUCAGUACACUUGGGUUCACUCCUGAAGAAACUAAUAUGUUGAGAGGUUAUUGUGAUGCUUCAGCUUCUGGAGCUACUAAUAAUAAUGUUUCAUCUAGUUCUGGUCCUGCUCCAUCUCCAUUAUUGGCUGGAAAUGAGUGA